AGGUAUUAACUUUUCUACGUCUCUCUCUCUCUGCAAUUACUCUUGGAGAGCAUCUCUCUCUAGAAUAUUGAGUAUUGCUGACUUGAGUGUCGAAGUGUUUUUCUUGAGGAAAUACCCUCGGGAAUUUCAAGUGUAGAAGCAACUGAGGACUUCAACAGUGUUGGACCACGAAGCUGCCCAAACAUUUAGCGCCGUCUGUGGGAACCUGAACAAAAAGCAUUGUGACUUAAUCGACAUGAACUGAAAAUGGUGCACAUCUUCAUAGGAAACCACCCCUCAAGAGGCAAUGUGGACAACCAGGAUAACACUCAUGUGUUGGAAAGUGAUUUCAACCACUUCCAAACACUUCCGAGAAACCUCUUUGUUGGCGGUGCAUAACAAGAACAGUCCAACACUUCAGAUGAUGAUGAAAGAACACCUACAGGAAUCUGCUCGAACAUCCGAGUUGGAAGAAAGAACAAGAGUUCUGGAGAUAACCAUGGGAAAAAUUCUCUCUCGCUUGAACCCCGAUGACCCCUUAAUUCUCUUGCUGAAUAUGGGUGAACAGCCAGCAGCAGUAGUUGCAACCUGUAACUCUCUGGCCCUAAGCAAUGUAGUGGUCCCGACCAUACCAAAGGGAAGUGGGAAGUUAAACCCAGAACCCAACUCGUCCAGGCAUAAUGAGGAACUACUAAAGAAAAACGCUGACCUCGAAAGACAGCUCAAAGAUGUGCAGAAGUCUAUUGAUGAGCUAAAGAGUCCUAGGUCGCGCCAGCAGGCUCUUGACUUGGAUAGUGCCCCCCUCAACUUGUCCAUUACGGCUGAACCAUAUCAAGAGGGAUUUAAGAUUCCUCAUUUGGAGACAUACGAUGUCUCUGGAGACUCGGAUGAGCAUUUGCAUACUUAUCAAGCCAUCAUGAGGAUCCAGAAUGCCACUGACGCCAUGAUGUGUAAAGUCUUCCCUGCGACCUUGAAAUCAAUGGCUAGAAGAUGUUACCACAAGUUACCUAGACAUUCUAUAGCCUCCUAUUCUGAGCUCGCCACUCUAUUUUCGAACAAGUUCCCGAGUCAAAGAGAAAUCAAGCACACCACUGCUGAGCUGAUGCAAGUUCAUCAGAAGGAGGGAAAGUCUUUAAGGGACUAUAUGCAAUGGUUUAAUAAGUCCAUUCUAGACAUUGAUAAUGUCCCGGAUACCAUUUGCUUAUCUGCUUUGUUGCAUGGCCUUAAACCUAGCCGGUUUCUAGACGACCUGCUAGAGAAUCCACCUAAGUCGUGGAAUGAAAUACAACACUGGGUCAAGAGACCCCCUCCCCAAACCCAUGAUUUUUCACGAGCUGACAGAAGCAAGUAUUGUAACUACCACCAUGGAUACGGCCAUAACACAGAGGACUGCCAAAGCUUGAAGGACGAGCUUGAAUUCUUAGCUCGCAACAAAAAAUUGGAGGGGAUUCCCCCACCAUCUGGCACAAUCAAUAUGAUUUCUGGUGGUAUGCAUUCAGGAGGCCAAAGUGCUCGAGGUCAUAAGGCUUAUGCUCGUCAAGUCAUGACGAAGAUGCAGUUGAAUCCGAGCUCAUUGCAGAAGUAUGAAGGGCCCAUAUAUGGGUUUGAUAACCAACCCGUCUCGGUGGAAGGAGUCAUUACUCUUCCCAUCUAUGUGGGCUCAGAACCACGCUUUAGGAUAGCUUCAGUUAACUUUCUAGUCGUCAAAAUGGAGUCAGCUUUCAAUGCCAUACUAGGAAGAACCACCCUCUACGAGCUGAAGACAAUGAGCAUAUCAGAUAUUGAGCACCGACCUGAAGGUGUCGAGCAGAAGGCUGAGCCAGUAGAACCAGUGGAAGCGGUCCCGUUGAACCCUGACAUUCUGGAAAGAACAGUUAAGGUUGGCACUAAGCUCUUAGUGGAAGAAGGAGCAGAGCUUUUAGGGUUUCUAAGGGCUAAUCAAGAUGUGUUUGUGUGGACAACGGAUGAAAUGCCCGGCAUUCCAACAGAGUUGUCAGUUGCUAUAGAUGAAGAAAUACAAAAACUACUACAAGCAGGCUUCAUCAAGAGAGUUGAAUACUCUAAGUGGGUGUCCAACCCUGUGCUCGUCAAGAAACCAAACGGCAAGUGGAGGAUGUGUAUUGAUUUCACUAACUUAAAUGAGGCAUGUCCGAAAGACCCUCACCCCUUGCUAAAUGUUGAGAAGUUAGUAGAGCGAGCAGCAGGACAUGAACGGAUGAGUUUCCUUGAUGCCAGCUCGGGUUAUCACCAGAUCGGAAGGAAUAUUGAAGUAUAUGUGGAUGAUAUGAUAGUCACCAGUAAGCGAGCUGAAGAUCAUAUAGACGACCUGAAUGAAACAUUUCAGAACUUGCGUCGAGCCCAGAUGAAGCUGAAUCCCCUGAAAUGCACGUUUGCUGUAGAAUCAGGAAAAUUCCUAGGGUACGUGGUAUCUAAGAAAGGAAUCGAGGUAAACCCAGAGAAGGUUCAGGCUGUUCAGCAGAUGGAACCUCCUAAGACUGUGAAAGAUGUGCAGCGUCUGACAGGUCGUGUGGCUGCGUUGCAUAGGUUCAUAGCCAAGUUGCAAGCGUUUGAUGAGCUCAAACAAUAUCUGGUGUCAGCACCCCUGCUUUCCAAGCCCAUGGAAGGAGAAAGCUUGUACUUGUAUUUGGGGGUUAUAGAGGAGGCCGUGAGCUCGGUUUUACUAAGGGAAGAGAAUAAACAUCAGAAGCCCAUCUGCUAUAUCAACAAGAUACCCAAAGUUGAUAACCAACGAGCCGACGAGCUAUCAAAAUUAGCUUCCUCACAAGAUAUCAAUCCUCAAAGAUCAACAAUUAUGGAGGUACUUGACGCACCGAGCUACACCGACUUCACAGUCGAGUGUCAAUUGUUAAGCACAGAUCCCUCUUCGCCGAGCUGGACUACACCCCUCGUUAAGUAUUUGCGAAGCGGCGAGCUGCCUGAAGACCCAUCCACUUCAAAGUUGGGAGUCGAUUUGCUCGACCCUUUUGUCAAAAGCAAAGGAGGUUGCACUUACCUAGUUGUCGCGGUGGAUUACUUCACCAAAUGCAUAGAAGCUAAACCAUUAUCCACGACAACAGAGAAGAUAAUAGAGGAAUUCCUGUUCAACUCAAUAUUAUACAUGUACUAUUUGGUGGCUUACACCAUUUGUACAUUGCAUACAAAUAUAACUUAUGGCUCAGCUUGGUCAUCUGUGUACAUGUUUGGCAUACCUAAACGGAUCAUCGCCGACAAUGGUCCACGGUUUCGAGCUGCAGCACUAAAGUCAUUCUACAAUGACUAUGGCAUUGAGCUCGCCUUGACAUAUGUAUAUACUCCACAGUCAAAUGGACAAGCCGAGUCCACCAAUAAAAUUGUCUUGCGAGGUCUCAAGACGCGUGUUUUAGCUACACAUUCUAAUUGGGUUGACGAGCUCAAUAGGGUGCUUUGGUCAUGUCGCACCACACCCAGCUCGACCACAGGCGAAACACCAUUCAGCCUUGCCAAUGGAGCUGAGGCCGUCAUCCCUGUAGAGGUCGAAUUACCAUCCGACAGAGUAGCUCGACACAAUGAUCUUAGUAAUGAGCAACUUUUAAGAGAAAACCUAGACCUCAUAGAAGAGGUUAGGGAGAUGUCUCGAAUAAGAAACAUGGCACAUCAAAGUCGUGUUGCUAGAUUUUAUAAUAAGAGGGUUCAAGCUCGUCAAUUUCAAGUUGGCGAUCUGGUUUUACGCAAGGCUGGGAUCAAUAACGCUUACGCACAUAUGGGGAAACUUGCACCAAACUGGGAAGGUCCUUAUAUGGUUAUUUGUGUUAAGCGACCUGGGUCUUAUCAGUUGGUAGAUCUACAAGGUCGUCAUUUACCAUUCAUUUGGAAUAUACAUAAUUUUAGAAAGUUUUACAGUUAACAUGUAUGUUAUUAUCUUAUUCAAGUUAUUAUCAAUCAACUGUGAAUGACAAUGUAUAGAAAAUACACUAUAAUCAAUACAGAAACUUCAA